AAAUUGUGGUAAUGUUGCAUCAGAUUAACUCUUCUUUUUCGUUUCCAACACUGAAAGUUGAGAUUUUUUUUAAAUAUAUAUAUAUAUUUAUGCCAUUCAACAUUUUUUUUUUUUUGACAAACAGUACCAAAAUGUAUGUCCUAAAUUUGUGCGCUUUUAAAGUUUUCGUCAUGUAAACCCUGUGAAACUUUUUGGUCGUCCAUCCCAUUAGUAAAAUAUCAAAUCCACAAACUUCUUCCUGGUUAUUUUUGUUCCUUUACUGUUUGUUUAACUCCGAGCAGAUUACCAUCCACGACUCUGGUUUUGUCUCUAAACUGAUGUUUUUGAGUAGACAGCUGGGUGAUCAAAACUAAGAUGGCCACUCACGUGGUGUUAACAUCAGGGGCCAAAAUGUGGAGAUCUUUGCCUUGCCCCACUUCAGAGCUACGACUGGAUCUCACUCUUGCCUGUGGACAAUCUUUUCGAUGGAGGGAAACCGCAGAGAGACACUGGACUGGCGUGAUGGGAGGCCGGGUGUGGACUCUGACUCAAACCGAUGACCUACUGUGGUAUCACGUCUACACAAACCAAAAGAAGCAGGGAGGAGGUGACCACAAAAGGACCACUGCUUCAGUCCAGGAAGAAAACAGAGCAGAGGAGAUAUAUGAGGCACCAGCUGUCACGGAUGAGAAGCAAAGCACCAUGGAGGCAGAGAUGCUGAGAGACUACUUCCAGCUGCAUGUGAAGAUGGAGGAUCUAUACAAGCAAUGGGGAGCAGCAGACUCUCACUUCAAGAAAACUGCUGAUGUUUUCACUGGUGUCCGAAUGCUGCGCCAGGACCCCACCGAGUGCCUGUUCUCCUUUAUCUGCACCUCCAACAACCACAUCUCUCGCAUUCAGGGCAUGGUGGAGAGACUGUGCCAGGCUCUCGGGGCUCCACUCUGCCAGCUUGAUCAAACCUCCUACCACGAUUUUCCAACACUGACAGCUCUUGCAGACUGCAGUGUAGAGGCACGUCUCAGGGAUCUUGGUUUUGGAUACAGGGCACGAUACCUCCAGCAGAGUGCUAAAAAGAUUUUGGACACCCACGGGUCCCAGUGGCUAGAAGGUUUACGGAGAGUUUCCUAUCUGGAAGCUCGGGAGGCUCUCCGGACACUCCCUGGGGUUGGCACAAAGGUGGCAGAUUGUGUGUGUUUGAUGUCGCUGGAUAAGCCGGAAGCUGUGCCCGUUGACACACAUGUGUGGCAGAUUGCCAAGCGGGAUUACAAGUACGCUGCUGAUAAUAGACAGAAGAGCUUGACAGAUAAACUUCACAGAGAUAUCGGAGAUUUCUUUAGAAAGCUGUGGGGGCCAUAUGCUGGUUGGGGCCAGUCGGUAUUGUUCUGCGCAGAUCUGAAGAAGUUCCAAGGCCUUAAAGAAAUGAAGCGACCAAAGGAAGAAAAUGAGACGGAUGAAAGGUGUAAAAAAACAAAAAAGAAGAAUUUUGAUGGAAAUAAAAUAAAAACUGAGUCAGAUUAUCAGAAAAAGGCAAAGAUUUCUGUAAAAAAAGAAAGCGUUUCAUAGGUUUGACUACGUUUUUGUACUGAAUUCAGGUUUUUUUCACCCACUUCAACUUUUUAAAACAUCUUACAAGUACUACUAGUUUUUUAUAACAUGUGCUGUGAAUUACUGUAAGUUAAAAUAUUAUACAUUGUUUUUACAUAGCAAAAUAAAUAUUCCAUGCACUACUUGUUUCUUUAUGUUGGUUAUUUUUUAGGAAAUAGUCACUGCUGUGCUUUGCUCAUAUGUCUGAUGAAUGUUUCCAACACUGGCCUCUGAGUGGCAGCAAAUAUCCUGAACUUGUUAUCUCUUAAUACAGUUGCAUGCUA